CAACACUUCCACUGUGGAGCAGGAUAGCAUGGAGCACACCUCACUCUGGGGACUUGUUUUGCUGAGUGCUCUCACCUGCUGUGGACAAACCCAAGAGCCACCCAGAGCCGUUUUAACUCUGCAGCCUAAUUGGACGCCGACGGGGAUAUACGAAGGAGAGACUGUCACCCUCCGAUGUGACAUACAGGAGGAAGGCAUCACUGACUGGGAGUACCGAUGGUACAGAGGUCUCUACAACCUAGUUUACUCCUCUAGUCAGAAUGAAUGCAGACUCGGUCCUGUUGAACAGUCUCACAAUGGAGUCUACAGCUGUAUGGGAGUAAGGGGGAGGAACUCUCAGAACUCCACUAUCAGUGAAGACGUCACACUGACUGUGUCAUGGAUACCUCCUCCUCACCUGACCGUGUCUCCCUCAUGGUGGGCGAAUGCUGGAGAUUCAGUAACGCUGAGCUGUGAGGUUGGAGAGUCGUCUACAGGCUGGAGGUUCUCCUGGUACAAGGCUGUACCCUACAGAGAAGGGUUACCCUCUUAUCCGGACAAGGACUUCUUUCCAGUGUUGCUACCAGACAGUGAUGGUGGGGCUGGAGGCUCCUACUCUCUCAGCCUGGUUGGUCUGAAUCACAGAGAGAGAUAUGUAUGUAGAGCAGAGAGAGGAGACCCAGUCUAUUACACAGACUUCAGUGAACUCAAGUUUCUCUGGGUUGAAGGUCUGUCUCCUUCAGCCUCUCUGACGGUCAGUCCCAACAGAGUUCAGUUUUUUUAUAAUGAGUCUGUCUCGCUGGGCUGUGCGGUGCAGGGGAACUCUACUGGAUGGAGAGUGAAGAGGUACUUACGAUGGGAAGAGCCUAGAGUGUUAGAGUGUCCGACUGACUGGGGAUCAGUGACAGGAUCCACAUGCUCCUUCACAACUACAGAUGUCUGGUCAGACACUGGCGUGUACUGGUGUGAGUCUAGGUCAGGAGAGUACAGUGAUGCCGUCAACAUCACAGUGACCCUCAGGGGUGUGGCCCUGGAAAGCCCUGCCCUUCCUGUGACUCAGGGAGAUUCUGUGACUCUACGCUGCAGAUAUCAGGGGACCCCAUCAAACCUCAGUGUUGAGUUUCAUAAAUGGAUGGACAAUGGAUCCCUCAUCAGGACUGAGCUAACAGGAGAGAUGACCAUCCCUGCAGCAACACAGUCAGAUGAAGGAUGGUACCGGUGUAAACACCCUGAUCAGGGAGGAUCACAUGGGAGCUGGGUGUCAGUGAGAGCUCCAGCCGCAGACACAGUGUGGCCCAUCUCUUUGCUCAUUCUGCUGUGUAGUUUACUGGUGGUGUCUAUCUUCCUGCUGAUGACCGUCGUACUGGUGGUGAAACGCUGUAGGGCUCGAGCAGCUCGAUCAGGAGACAAGAGAAAUGACAGAGACACCACUGACCAAGUCAUCAGUAUUGAAUUAACAUGAGAGACUGGGAGCUGACCAAGUGAUCAGUAAUUAACAUGAGAGACUGGGAGCUGACCAAGUGAGCUCCCAUCUUCGCUUACAUGUGUUCAAUAUGUAUGUUCAAGCUUUGAGUAAGACAUUUUAUUUCUUUUUUUAAAAUGAGUGUGGACAUGCAAUAUUUUAUUGAUUUUCAAUGACAGAGACAGGUAUGAAAUUAAGGGGAGACACAUAGGUGCCAGCGUUCGUACCCACGCAGCAUGGGAAUACGCUGUGAUAGUAACCAGGAAGAAUACAGGAAGACUACAGGACCCCCUCAGCCUUGUAGUUUUUCAACUUUUGUAGUUUUAUUUUUUUAAAUGGUCUUCAAUGUGCAAAAACGUAGCGCAGUGGUCUUCAAGCGAAAAAACAUAAUAAAAUGCAUCUGGUAGAAGUAAAUUCAUCCACAAACACAUGUCAUUUUAUAUUGAUCUUAAAUGUGUUUUCAUGAAUUCGAUGAUAUUAGCUUGAAGCCCAUUCAAUACACAUGGGACAUGAUGGGAAAGGAAAGGGGUGGUUACUUUCACAGUGGAUUGUGUCACACAGACACCCUCAAGACGUUUUCAAUAUGAUGUAUUUUUAUUCCUUUUUUGAAGAUUUAAUUUAAUUGAUUGAUUGGUUUAUUUUAAUAAAUAUUCAGGCUGUAGGUCUUUCCAUGAUAAUAUAUGAUAGGCCUACAAACUGUUAAAUGUUGUAAAAACCUACUUAUUGUCUUAACUAUCAGUCAAAAUCGAUUGCCAACUUUUCUUGGUUUUAAUGUGCCAUUGUUUUAGUGACCGGAGAUGUGGAAGUUGAAUGCUAAAUAUAAAUACUUUAUUUGAUUAUUUUUUUUGCCAAUAAAAUAAUUUUCUUCCAGUCUGA